CGGCGACUCGGGUUCAUCGCCAGCAUUCACACCGCCUCUGUUUGACAGUGAGCCUUCCGCCCUGCGACCUGCUCGAGACGUCAAGACCGUAUCGCUGGUUCCAUAUUUCUUAUUCAAAUUUUGGGAGCUCCCAGCGUUGAUCAAGUGCAUUCGCAUCGAUCAUGUCGCUUCAAACUGAGGUCCGCGAAAUCAGAGCAUACUACGAGCAAUUAUUACAGGCAAAGGAUGCCCAGAACGAGGCCUUGAAGGCUCAGGUUACCGCCCAAGAACUUCAAAUCAAAGUACAAACAGCGCGAGUAUCCGCUUUGGAGGCCGCAGUCAAACAUGCGCGUUUGGAUUCACAAGAAGAGAAUCCGCCAUUCGUCAGAAGUCUGACACCGGAGCCGUCUGAGGUCCGUUUACAAGCAAAUGCCGGUUCAUCGCUUAGUACAACGACCCGUGUAUUGAAUACGUCCGCCACGGUUGCGCGUCCGUCUGCCGCUGCUGUCAGCGCCAAUGGCCCGGUCGCUGUGGAUGACGACAAAGAUGUGCCGGGAUCGUCAUCCAAUGCGACUCCGACUGUGCAGCGUAAUAGGAAGCGCUCGAGGAAGCGCAGUCAUCAAAACAUACCUUCGGAUGCAAGACUUUCGGAGUCUCUGCACAAGAAGCCCAAGCUCAUCCCAUUUGUGGAGAUUGACCCAUAUCGACAAGUUAAACAAUCUCCUGCAUCGAGUUCUGCUUCGCGAGUUGGCCUUCUGCCUUCUCCGCACAGUGCGGCUGGGAAAAGUCCAGAGAGAUUGAUACUGCCGAUGAUCAAUCAUCAUGUUCAGCGGUCCUCUGGUCCUGGCGUGCCUUCGGUCAGUUCCAACACUGCAGCUCCAGUGAAAGUUUUUGGCGGACAGGAACAAAUAGCUAUAUCUACUGUCGAUGCCGGGACCGAAGGACAGGAGGAAACGAAAGAGGAUGAUGCGGAUCAUCCUCUCGAUGCCCAAGAGCUCAAUGUAGUUCUCGAGUCCGAGCGCCAGGAGAUUCCAGUCAAGGUUGAACAUGGCCCCAACGUGCUGAAUACUCGCACUGUCCAAGAACGCCUGCAGGCAAUUGGCUUGGAAGUUUAUCCGGUGACGCUGGACCCAUUCAUCCGCUACAGGUUUGCGGGGCGUGCAUUCUUUGCGAACCACUUUGGAGGAAAUCAGCAAAGCUUCUCCACCUCGCCGAAUCAAGCCAAGUUCAACCAUGGCUAUCGUAACUUCAUGUUCCCUCAUCUCUCAAUGAAUCCUCACGUUCCUCAACGGCCGGGAGAGCCAGGGUUGUUGUGCAGAGCAACAGCUGAGGUGGAAUGGCAACGUGGUGAUAAUAAAGUAAUUGUUGGGCUUAGCGGUGCCCAGUAUCUAUAUGUCGGAGAGUAUGCUUUGUUUCCCGCGGCUCCGCUUUCAAAAGAGGAAUUUCAAGACAUGCCUAUCAGGAUGAAACGGUUGUGGGCCGGAUAUAUUUCAACAAGAGAUAAGGAUAAGAAUGUGCGCGUGCGGAUUAUUCUCCGCCGCCAAAAUAACCACCACGAACCAACACCCGCAGAGGUGAAACGGGCAGUGAAAGACAAGGAGAACCACUACACAGACGUCACUCACGAUGAGAUCAUACAGGCAUUCGAGAGAGGAGAUGAAACGAUCUAUAUCUGGGCGAUGAAGUGUGUUGGGUAUGAUGAGCGUUUCCAGCGUGACAUUGCGCGCAGGCUAUCGUAGCGUGAUUACUUCUGAUAACGCUAUAAAUCAUCUAUCGCGUUCUUUUUUGUUUACGGACUAGAGGUAUUUCAAUUGCUUGCCUGGGAGUACAUUGAAGAUGGAUGUAGAUCGAGUGCUCAUAGCAUAUUGGGAAAGUGAGGUAUGCAGGCAGACAAAUAAGCAGUCAAGCAUGAUACACUGUGACUGUCAUGAUCAAUUCGGUCGGACAGAGUUGGAGAUCUAGUGCGACUUAUGCAUGCGUU